GCGUGAGGCGCCGGGGGCUUCCCGGGGCGGAUCCGCUCUAUUGAUUUGAGACGGCCCACGGGGCCGGCCCUCACCCGGCGUCUCUCCGCUCACCACACUCCUCCUCACCACACUCUCACACACAACUCGCUACUCACCACACUCCUCACCACACGCUCACACCCAGCUCGCCACACUCCUCACCACACGAUCACACUCAGUUCGCCUGCCGCUCCUCUUACAGGCAGCUGUACGUCUCUUAUCGCUCGCCUCACCACCAACAACAACAACAACUCACUCGCUGGACACCGCUCCACGCUCACCACUCACUCGGCCCAUCAGCUCAACUCUCACUCACCGCUCACACCACACUCCCCACUCACUCACCGCUCACACCACACGGAGCCAUGUGGAUCUUCGGCUACGGCUCGCUGGUGUGGAAGGUGGACUUCCCCUUUGAGACCCAGCUGGUGGGCCACAUCAAAGACUACAGCCGCAGGUUCUGGCAGGGCAGCACGGACCACCGCGGGGUGCCGGGCAAGCCUGGCAGAGUGGUCACGCUGGUGAAAGACCCUGGGAAUUCCGUGUGGGGGGUGGCGUAUAAAAUCCGCGACGACCUCCGGGAGGAUGUCAAGCGGAGGCUGGACAUCCGCGAGCAGGGUGGCUACAACACGAGCUUCGUGAUGUUCUACCCCCGCGAGGUGGAGAAGGAGCCUUUCCUCUCCAUGCUCUACGUGGGCACCGAGGACAACCCCAACUUCCUGGGGCCCGCGCCCAUGGCGGAGAUCGCCCAGCAGAUCCUGAUGAGCAGCGGCCCCAGCGGGCAGAACACCGAGUACCUCUUUGAGCUGGCCAACACCAUGAGGAGGCUUGUGCCCGAAGCCCCCGACCAGCACCUGUACACGCUCGAGGAGAUGGUGCGGGAACUUUUGAUCCUCUGCAGCAGCAGCAGCAACAACAGCAGCAAUGGUAGUGUCGUGCGUGCUCAGUAGGGCUGCUGCUGCUGCUGCUGCCGAUGUCUUUCCCGCCUCUGCGUACGUGGCCGCAUGCAGCUGCGGUGUCGCUCCCAGUUUUUUUUUCGUGACGCGUGUGAGCUGACGUUAGCCUCACGGGUAAUCGGGAGUUAAUCUCAGACGCUAAUUGUUAAUUGGCCACGGAUCAGAAUCCUUAGAAUGAACUGAAAGUGGAACGUGGGGAGAUGUAUGGUGCACCUCGGUGUCAUGGUUGGAAUGCCAUGCUUGGGUUUAAUGGAGUAUUUGAUAAGCUACGUUGUAUAAUAUUACAAAUAUUUAAACGGGCCCAUUUUAAAAGAGCAUUUCUUGAAUUGAGCUUAAUUGGCAGGAAUGAGUUUGUAUGUGUGUGCUUUAAGUGCCUUCUUUAAAGCCACUUUAACGUUUUAGAGAAGUUUGCUGCUCAUUAGAAACUUACAUUUUAUGCAAUGCCAUAUGUUUCAUAAUUUUCCAUGAGCAGAGUCUCAUUUAAACUUUUUCUUUUAAGCUAAUUACAAAACAGUAAAGGUGAGGUGUUGAGUCCGUAAAAGUUAUGUUUGUCAGUUUGUGCAGAGUAGUUGAAUAAUGAAAUUGCAAUGUAUGGAUUCAGUCAAGGUACAAAUGUUGCCCACGGCUAGAAUACUCAACCUGCCCUGCCCAUGGGUUGACGGUUAAACUAUUUUGCAAUAUAAAAUGUAAACAAGCAUCGGAAUUCAUAAUAAUUGACAUCGUUUACUUCAGAGUGCUUGAAAGAGUAGGCCAAGUACCCUUGCAGGGCCUCUCUAGAGCUCCUUCUCGUGGAGGCCCCUUCUCGUCGUGGCUUGACCAAGCAACUGCAGGGCUGCACCUUUAUCUUUAACUCCAGGUGUGGCUAUUACCAUAAGUGUGUUGGCUUGCGUAAUUAAGUCUUCCACUAAAUUGUCCCCAAGUGUUUGGACCAAUUUUAAGUACAGUUACCAAUGUAGAUUAAAUCUAUUGUCACUCUACAGACAGUGCUGAGAUGAACUUAAUGGGAACAAUAGUUUGUUUUACUUCAUUGAGUAAUCUAAAAUGAUAUAUUAGACGGUUUUGAAAUUUAUCAAAUAUUUAAGCAAUUAAAUUUCGACAUACCUCAUGUACCCACCACCUGUUGAUAGACAACUUUAGUUAUUAUUUAUUUCACUAAGCUAAAGAGAGUUGUGGCAAAAAUAUCUUUGUAUUUUCGGUUCCAUAUAGGAACAAAUUAGUGUAACGUUUAGAACGUUAGCAAUAAUAUAAUUGUAUGAAUAAGAAUGGGUUCAGUUAAAUCCAAAGUAGUGUGCUAGCUAAUGCUUUUAAGUGAAGAUUUCCCAGCACUCACCAGAUGUCUCGUUCCAUUUCCGAUAAAAACGAAUGGGAAUACUUGCCUCGUGUGCCCCCCCCCCCCCCUCCAGUCCUAGCUUCAGCGGGCUCGGGUUCGCUAAUUUGUGGUUAUUCACGUAAAAACUAUCCAUAAUAGAGAAUAUUACAGUUGAUAUAAUACAGGAGUGUUGAGAUGUUCAAACACUAAAUAGACAGCUCUUACGAGACAUCAAGUCGGCAUUAACCACACACAAUUGUGGGUAAAACGUGCAAAGAAACAUCGUUAUAUGAUGGAUGCGUUGUCCUUGAAGCUGAUUGGCCUACACCAGAGAGCCUCCUUCAUGGCUUCCUUCACUGGUGCUUUAGACCAAAUAAUGCCAAAAGGUGAACAGCACAAGGACGAUGCAAAUGCCAAAGAAAAUUAGCCUUGGCGUUUGAUAAAUCGUUUUUUUUUUGAGAUGCGGAAUUCAAGUUAUUGAUGUACGGGAGAACUUCUGUUAUCCGAGCCCCUAUGUACUCGCAACUGCUAUGAUCUGCAGCAGCUGUAGAGUCCGCUAAAACUGUUUUUAUCUGUGGCCCUAUUUUAACACUCGCAGUUAUGAGUGAUUUUACCCAUGGUGCUUAGCAAAGUUGCCUCCUAAUAAUUACAUUGUUUCAGGUGGAUAAGAGGGGGUCACGUGGAAAAUUCGCCCUAUUCACCAUUUGGGUUAUUUGCGAUAUUUCCCCCCGCAGAUAAGAAGAGUCAAAUUACAGAUAGCCCUGCCGAUAAAAGGAUCCACGGUUAUUAGUCCCCCAUAUCACCGUGGAUAAGAGGAGAUCUCCUGUAGGACACUUAUUACAAUUUUUUUUUUUAAAUGCCAUUAGCUCUAAUGCACAGCAUUAUCUGUAGUCCAAAAUGACAGAAACAGGCACUGUAUUAAUUGUCUACCAUACCACGCUUAAAGUGCCGUAUUGUGUACGCAUAAUCUAUUCAGAUGUUGUGUACACAAUGGUGAAUUCAUAAUUGAAUUACAACAAGUUUACUGACUCGAGGCUAAUUUGUUUUUGGACUCCACUAAACCACUGUUUGUGUCUUUCUGUGAUGUUUGCAUGAACAAAUAAGCAUCUGUCAUUUUCUUUGUUCACCAGUUCGCAGAUGGCGAUGGCAGACUUUAUGGAACAUAGAAAGCACUUGGGGCAAAACAAAACCAAUUGUGAUAAGCUGUGCAAUAUUGUGUUUUUAAGACUUCCAUCUGUAAUAUAUAAACGAAUAGACUUGCAAGUGCAGGGACGCUGACGUGGUGCAAUGGUGCACACCUCGGACUUGCAAUCUCGAAGUUGCCCCUUUGAUGUCGAUCUCCCAGCUCGGCAGUGGAAACAAUGGUGGAAGUUUCUCGAACCCCCCCCCCCCGCCUCUGGCCACCACGCAGUUUGAGUGAACGGCAUCCCGCAGUCGGUUGGUCGAUUGUGUGUAGUGGAGUCAAGUAAACUUCUUCCAAGACAUCUGACCAGCAUGGAAGAGUAGACCAAAUACCCUUCAGAGCGGCUCUCUAGAGCUCCGUCGCCAGCAAUGGCUUGAGAAAAUAAUUUCAGGGCUGCACUUUUAUCUGCACCACGUGGUGGAUACUAUCUUUGAGACAAAAUACUGUGGUACACUAAAUGCUGGAGAAGAUGAUGAUGAUGAUGCAGAAGAGGGCGCUGAAUUGGUUGACUGUGCUCUGAUCCACCCCGACUUCUUUUAUAAAUUCCAACCGUAGAUAGAUUCAUGCAUACUCUUAGUUUUUUUCGGUAAAGUCACAAAACAACUAUUAGUUGUUUUCAUUUAGUUUAUUUUAUUGAUUGUUUUACUUACGUGACUUUACAGAAAAAACCAAAGCGUAUGAAUCCUUGCAGUCACGAAAGCUUCAAAUCUAAAUUUCAUGCAUCUUUGGGUCGUCCCAUUUUCACUCGUUUUUUCCAAAGCUUCUUUCUCCACUAUCAUCCUGCAACAGUUUACUUGGUGCUUUCGGAUGCGCUUCUGCGGCCGUCUGGAAAGCUCGUCCGAUGUUAUAAAGCCACUGGAGCUAUGUACAUUUCAAUCUAGAUUGAAAACGUAUUUCUGUAGAACUGCUUUGUGCGUUUAGGUUGUCCUUCCCCCCACAUCUCCAAUGAGCACGGUUUGCUACAUACAGUGCGAAAUAAGUUCAACAUACAUUCACAUUCAUUGGCUGAAAAUCAAUGAAUUUAAAAGCAUAAAAUGCAAGACCCUUCUGAAAAAGAAUAAUUGGACUCCAUGUGGCUUUCUGGUAAAUAAAUAAUACUUUUUAUUAUUAUAUUGAAUGAGCCAACUUCAACAUAUAAACCUUGAUGUCCAAUGUGAACUGGUGUCCUCAUAUAUACAUGUACAUUCGUAUGUGGCAAUGACGGAAGUCUUUAACACUUCCGGCAAAAUAUUGGUGUUAUGGUAAGGAUUGUUUUCUUUUUAGUUAAGUGGUUGCUUAUUUUGUAGAUACUGUCAGAGAAAAUAAAAACACUCAUUGACGGGAAAAUGUGGUGCCUACCGAUACAUCUGGCCUGUGAAGUACAUCGGGAUGAUUACGCAUUUGUGAAAAAAAGACAAUAUGUAUACGUUCAUAUAUUCUUCACGCGUUGUAAAGCCCACGAGCCAUGCUCACUGUUCAAUGUUGCCUUGAAUUGCGCGCAUGUCAGUUGCGUGUUGUGCGGUGACCAAGCACACGGGGUGCGGUGGAGAGGGAACUCAACACGCUUGCUCGCCAUUCUUUAGUUCACACAUCGUGAACGCCCGUCGAUGUAAUCUACAGAAAUGGCGUGUUCAGCACCAUUCGGCUGUUGUGUAACAUUGAAGCCAUUGUUUGCACGGACACAUUUGAAAGAUUAUAAUCUGUUCACAUUAAUGGCACCCGACACGUAACAGGGGUGUCUGUGAGGAGGCUCCGAUCUCCCAUCCACUUUGUCCUCGGAUGACUGUGAACGUCUGCACCUCUCGACUUUGCGCUGCGUGCAGAUACUCGCACGGCGAACGUCGCCACGCGCAAAUGACCGCGUGCGUUCGUGGUCAUUUUGCCGCAUAGGGACUGCUGUCAUUAGGAAAGGGGGGUCCCCUAGGUAAUAAAUAAAUAAAUACAACUGUGGCUGGGCAUUCGACUUGUUGAGAUGCAAGCGAUGUAAGGCGCUCAGAGUUGCUGGCGAGUUCAAGCACCCAGCACAUUCAAAUGCAUCGCUUAUUCAUGAGCAUCCCAUCAAUCUGCUCACAAAAACCUCACUACCACUAUAACCCAGAAGGUUUGAUGAAAAAAAAUUGCAUGAAUGCCUAUCGGGUGUCGGGGAUUGUUUAUUUAUUUGAUGGAUUUGUUUUCUGCAAUGUAACAGCACGACAAAGUCUGCAAUAAAUACGGUGAUUAAAUGGA